AUGGGUAAUGCUAUCAAGCCGUUUUGGAAUGGUAUCACCGGUGGAAAUCUUGCUCGAACUGGUAUGGUGGAAUCAAGUAAAAAUAUAAAAGAAUCUACUCGUAUAUUAUGUAAGAGUCUUGAUGAUGCCAUUAAUCGUCAUGAAAAUAUAACAAAUAAAACAUUGGAAGAAUGGCGUAAUACAUUAUCAUUAAUAGUGCCACAAGUCGAACAAUUAACAAAACAGUUAUCUCAUAUUGGUGAAUAUUUUGGUUCAAAUGCCGUGCAUUCAAUACUGUUUCAAAUAGAACAAGCAUCAAAACAUCCGGCUACAUUAACUGUAUUUAUAUUAAUUUGUAGUCUGAUAUUUGCAUUGAUUAUCUAUAUUCUAUUACUAAUCAUUCAACAACCACAAUUCUAUUAUUUAGUUUUAUUAACUAUUAUCUCCAUUGUUAUAAUAACUGGAAAUUCUUAUAAAGAUGAGCUUAUUUCUAAAUUGAAAAAGGUGCUAUUGGCGUACGUGUUGAAACAUCAUCGAGCUGAAUUGAAUUCAAUGUUAGAUAUAAAUAGUUCUAUACCAAUACCAUCAAAUUUUGAAGAAGAAAAAAAAUUAGGUGUAUGGCGUGAGGUUUUAUUUAUUGACACUUCUCCAGCAUCAUUUGAUGAUCGUUCAAAAAGAAUAGAUAUAUGUGCCAAUCUUGUGUAUAUAAAUCAAUCCCAACUUGGUUUCAUUCAUGAAAUUAGAUUAGAAGAUUUAGUAUGUAUGGUUAAUAAAAGUCAAUCAAAAUUUUGGGAACACCCUGUGCACAUUAUUGAAUAUACAACAGAAAUGAUUUACAUGAAUUCCAAUGACAAUGAUGAAUGGAUGCGAAUUGGAACGGGUGAAGAAGUUGUUCGAAGAGCAGCACAAAUAAAUUCGAUUUAUGAUAAUAAAAGAUUGGCUAUAAUAAUUGAAGCUAGUUUAUGUGUUAUUGUUCAAGAACUAGCGCAGGAAAAAAUCGAAAAAGAGCUAGAUGUCUCAAUUGUCUACAAAAAAUGGCAAUAG